ACCUUACACCCUUCCUAAUAUUUUCUCAGUGCGAACAAGAAAAUAGCAUUAGAUAAAUUUUGACUUCCAUGUCUGCAGCUCAAACCAAGUCUUCUCUCUCUCUCUCUAAAGUUGAAUUCUUCAUGGCUUAAUCUCAAGAGUUCCAGCUUUGUAUUUGUAUUGGUUUUACAAAAUGUUUGAUAGUGGCUCGAAGACCCAAUAUCUUGGUGGACAGAGGGAAAAGUUUUUAAGGUUGGAUGACUUGGACUCGAGACUGUCAUCCCCAUCAGCCUUGGUUGCAACAAACAAAUGUGGCUUCAGCAUUGACGGUUUAGGCCGUUCUGGACAUACAACUACCAAGUCUAAGUCGUUCAAGAGAGGAAUGAUGAAAGGGUCUGAAGGACUCAAGUCAAUCGGACGAUCACUGGGCUUUGGCGUUUCUCCGGCAGUGUUUCCAGAAGAUCUUAAUGCAUCUGAGAAGAAGAUAUUUGACCCUCAGGACAAAUUUCUUCUACUUUGGAACAAACUUUUUGUCAUAUCAUGUAUUCUAGCUGUGUCUGUGGAUCCACUGUUUUUCUUUCUUCCUGUUUUUGAUAAAUCAUCAAAAUGCCUAGGGAUGGACCGAAAGCUAGCUAUCACAGCUACAACUUUGCGCACAAUUAUUGAUGCAUUUUAUCUCAUUCACAUGGCUCUCCAAUUCCGGACGGCUUAUAUUGCCCCAUCAUCACGAGUUUUUGGAAGAGGUGAACUUGUCAUAGAUUCUGCACAAAUCGCUAAAAGAUACUUACGAUGCUAUUUCAUCAUAGAUUUUCUCUCGGUGCUUCCCCUACCACAGGUUGUUGUCUGGAGAUUUCUGCAGAGAUCAAAUGGCUCAGAUGUACUGGCUACAAAACAAGCGCUUUUUUUUAUCAUUUUGCUUCAAUAUUUCCCUAGAUUUAUUCGAAUUUUGCCCUUAAGUUCGGAACUGAAAAGGACUACUGGUGUUUUUGCUGAAACUGCAUGGGCUGGUGCUGUGAAUUAUUUGCUGUUGUACAUGCUGGCUAGUCAUAUAGUUGGGGCUUUCUGGUAUGUAUUAUCAGUGGAGCGAAACGAUACAUGCUGGCAAAAAGCUUGUAAACAUAAUGCUACAUGUAACACUGAUUUCUUGUAUUGUGGGAACGAGAAGAUGAGUGGCUACGAGGCCUGGGGUAACAUCAGCAAUUCAGUUCUAAAUUCAUCUUGCCCUGUAGAUAUUGAUAACAAUCCACCAUUUGAUUUUGGAAUCUUUAAGAAGGCUUUGUCAUCUGACAUAGUUUCAUCAAAAAACUUUUUGUCGAAAUAUUGCUACUGUCUCUGGUGGGGACUGCAAAAUUUGAGUACACUUGGCCAGGGACUUGAAACCAGCACCUUCCCAGGGGAGUCUAUAUUCAGCAUUGCAUUAGCCAUUUUUGGCCUCAUUCUUUUUGCUCUAUUGAUUGGAAACAUGCAGACAUAUCUCCAGUCUCUUACUAUUCGACUUGAGGAGAUGAGAGUCAAAAGGCGCGACUCAGAGCAAUGGAUGCAUCAUCGCUUGCUCCCACCAGAUCUUAGGGGAAGGGUUAGAAAGUAUGAUCAAUACAAAUGGUUGGAAACACGUGGAGUAGAUGAAGAGAGUUUGGUUCAGAGUCUACCAAAGGAUCUUAGAAGAGACAUAAAGCGCCAUCUUUGUCUGGCUUUGGUCAAGAGGGUUCCGCUGUUUGAGAAUAUGGACGAGAGGUUGCUAGAUGCCAUAUGUGAAAGACUGAAACCCUGUCUAUAUACUGAAAAUACUUACAUCGUUCGAGAAGGAGAUCCAGUUGAUGAAAUGCUAUUCAUCAUACGUGGGCGUCUAGAAAGUGUGACAACGGAUGGAGGGAGAAGUGGUUUUUUCAACCGCAGUUUGCUAAAAGAGGGAGAUUUUUGUGGUGAAGAACUUCUAACUUGGGCACUGGAUCCCAAAUCCGGUUCCAACCUACCAUCUUCUACUCGAACAGUGAAGGCAUUGAUGGAGGUUGAGGCUUUCGCCCUAACAGCCGAUGAACUAAAAUUUGUUGCAGGUCAGUUCAGACGACUUCACAGCAGACAGGUUCAACACACCUUCCGGUUCUAUUCACAGCAGUGGAGGACUUGGGCCGCGUGCUUUAUCCAAGCAGCCUGGAGGCGGCACUGCAAAAGGAAACUUCUGGAGCUUCAUAGGAAGGAAGAAGCAGCUGAAGAGUUAGCUAAGGCCAGCACGAACGCCGGUGGAGGCUCAUAUAGCAUUGGUGCGACGUUCUUGGCAACAAGAUUUGCAGCAAAUGCUCUCAGGGGAGUACACAGAAAUCGGAAUCUUAAGAGUGCUCGGGAAUUGGUGAAACUCCAAAAGCCACCGGAGCCCGACUUUACUGCCGAUGCAGAUUGAUUUGUCUUCGAACCUCUAAGUUGAUUAAAUGACUCUUCUACGCGAGAAUGUUAUGGUCAUGUGUCUCAUUAGGACAUUAUGUAACUAAAUAUGCUUGAUUUGGUCUCUUCCCCUUUGUUCUUGGUUCCUUUACUCUGUAUUUAUAAAAUGUAAAAAGUAAGCAUUUUCUACUUUAUAAAUUGUGUAUCAGCUUGGACCCUCAAUGAUUUAUGAGCUAUUAAGAAAAACACUAUUCUCUGGAA